CGACCCGAUAGUGAUUUGAUGUUCUACAAGUGGCUCUCAUUUCUAAACUUGUAAAUUGCGAAUUAUCCUGGUUUAGUCGUUGUUCGCUCGUUGUUCGUACGACUCUCGGUUGAUCUUCAUGGCGCCAACAAAUCUGGUAUUGAUAAACGAGAGCUCAAAUGUAAGGAUCAUCACAUUGAACAGGCCUAAGCAACUAAACGCGCUUAACUUAGAAAUGGUAUCCCGUCUCUUGGAAGUUUUCCAUGCAUACGAGGAGGAUCCAAACGUCAAGCUGAUUAUCAUGAAGGGUGAAGGAAGAGCCUUUUGUGCUGGCGGCGAUGUUGCAACUGUUGUUAAUGAUAUUAAUAAAGGUAGCUGGAAAAUAGGAGCAAAUUUUUUCUCAAAAGAAUUUACGAUGAAUUAUUUGAUGGCAACUUACACCAAACCCCAGGUAUCACUUCUUCGAGGAAUUGUAAUGGGAGGUGGUGCAGGCGCUUCAAUACACGGUAGAUUCCGAGUUGUUACCGAUAAUACGGUUUUUGCAAUGCCGGAGACUGCAUUGGGGUUAUUCCCAGAUGUAGGUGCCUCUUAUUACUUAUCAAGACUACCCGGAUUCUUUGGAGAAUAUGUUGGUCUUACGGGUGCUAGGUUGGAUGGUGCCGAAAUGCUUGCAUGUGGUCUUGCAACCCACUUUGUCCCGUUAGAGAAAUUAUCCUUAUUAGAAGACGCAUUAUGCAAAGCUAAUACGGGCGAUCCAAAAUCGAUCAGCGAUAUUAUAGACGAGUUCUCAAACAAAAAUCCUAAGUUGAAAGAAAACAGUCAAUAUUUUCGAUUGAAAACAAUUGAUAGGUGUUUCUCUCUGAGAACCGUUGAAGAAAUUAUCUCCGCACUUGAGAAAGAAGCUGAUAAAAACAUGGAUGACUGGAUCUCGUGGACUAUCAAGUCGUUAAAGAACGCAUCACCAACAAGUCUAAAAAUUUCUCUUCGCUCUAUUAGAGAAGGGAGACUUCAAGGCGUUGGUCAGUGUCUUAUCCGUGAAUACCGUAUGGUUUGUACCGUCAUGCAAGGAAAAUAUAGCAAGGAUUUCUUUGAGGGAUGUAGAGCUUUGUUGCUUGACAAAGAUAAAAAUCCAAAGUGGAAGCCUUCAAAACUAGAGUUAGUGAGCAAGGAUAUGGUUGACCAUUACUUUACAGCAUUAGAUGAUAAAGAUUGGGAAGAUCUCAAACUCCCUGCUAGGUCAAAGUCAAACCUGCCUUCAUAUGCCAUUUCUAAGCUCUGAACCAUCAAAAUUGUGUUGAUUAAUGACAGAAGAAUAAUAAAAAUUGGUAGCUACGUUGUUUGUUGAUGAUCUACUUGUAAGUUUCAAUGAAUUUAAAUCGUUAUAUAAUUUGUAUUUGCUGCG